AUGGAGGGGCAGGCGCCCGUCCUGGCCGUGAGCCCCGGCCAGCACGCGCGCCUGGAGCGUUUGACCCUGGUCAACACUACCCUGGGGGCGCCCUGGGACCCCAGGGGGGCGCUCAGCCCCGCGUGGCUGGAUGCGUCCCGCGCGGCCAGCCUGUGGUUGGUGGACACCCUGGUGCUGACCAGUGACACCGUCCUGGAGCAGUACACCGCGUUCAUGCUGGCCCUGCGGCCCGCGGGGUGCGGGCCCGCCGCACGCUUCUACACGGACAACCGCACCUUCCUGCACCUCAACGAGUGGACCGCCCCCUCAGGCGCGCGCGCCACCAACGUGGGCGUCCUGCUCGUCGGCGCCGGCGACAGCCAGCUGCGGCAGCCGCUGGCCGGCAUGCCGCUCGACCCGCCCGCGCCCGUGGUGCUGAGCGCCACCAACGACACGCUCGCGCCGCUGCUGCGGCGCUACGCCGGCGUGGAGACGCCUGAGCCGCUGCUGGUCUACAUAGGCGGCAACGUCACCCUCGGAGGCGGCGGCGGCGGCAGCAGUGAUUCGGGCGGCGCAGUGCCCCCUGCCUCUCGCGCCGGCAUCACGAUCGCGCGCCCCGUCAUCCUGGUCGGCCGCGCGCUGGACCCCACCUCGAUCGACUUCCGCCUGCGCGCCGGCCAGCUCGUCGCGUCGGGGCCGUUUGCCAACCUGACCCUGGACUCGCUGCUGCUGGAGAACCUCGGGUACGGGGACGCGGCCGCGGCGGCGACGGCGCGCGGCGCGGACCUGCGGUCGGUGCUCUCCCUGUGGGCCUUCAGCUUUGACCGCGGUCAGCCGCGCCUCACGCUGCGCAACUGCACGGCGGUCGUCCCCCGGGCCGAGGCUCUAAGAGCCGUCUACUGGUCGUCCCUGUUUGAGGCGGGCGCGCCCUCUGCGGACUGGAUGGGGUCAGAGGCCGGCGUCACAGCCUACAAGGUCCGCCCCGGCCCUGACGACGCGGUCACCAUACUCGACCUCAGGGCAGGGGGCACAGCCUAUGAGGACGUGCUGCUGGCGGACCGCAACCGCGUAGCACCACAGCUGCCGCUGCCGGCGCCCGACGCACGCGGCGCCGCGCCGCAGGGGCCGGGGUUACCCUGGCGGGUGCAGGGGCUGCAGGCCGUGCGCGGAGCCGGGGAGCUGCGGGCCGCCCUCGCCGGCCCUGUUGCGCCCGGUGGCGGCGGCGGAGAGUCUGUGCUGCUGCUGACAGCGCGCACGACCAGCCUCGCCCCCGGCAGCGCGCCCGGCUGGCCGCCUCCCGGCGGCGCGCGCGUGCCGCGCGCCACCGUGAUUGCAGGCGUGUCGCAGGGGCAGACGGCGGUCGACCUGGGGGCACAAGGCAGCGGCGGCGGCGGCGGCGGCAGCGGUGCCGCGGCGCCGCUGCUGCGGCUGCCGGCGAGCGCGCGCGCCGCGUUCCUUGAGCUGCGUUUUUUGACGCUGACCGGGCUCGGGCCCGCCGCCGGCGACCCCGUUGUCGCGUACAAGGCGUCUGAGGGUGGCGCCCAGAACACGAUGCCCGCCAGCAACACCACCAGGCCCAGCGGCAACAGCAGCGUCAGCGGCGCCCGCAGGGACAGGGCAGCGAGCGGCCGGCGCCUGUUGUCGGAUGCGGGGCCGUCAGCCGGCGCCCCUCCGAGCAGCGGCUCGCAGCCGGGGCCCGGUCCCGCGACACCGGGCUCUGCCCUGGAGGGCGAGGCGCCCGCGGCGCGCUGCUGGGCGAUGCUGCUGUGGGCGUUCGCCCGGGACUACGACAGGCCGCACCCAGCUUCGACCUCGCACCCAGCGGUGCGCGGCCCAGCGCCCGCGCCGCGCCUGAGAGGGCCAGCUUCGCCCGCACACGCGUCUUGA